AUGCGUUCCACACUCGCCCUCAGCCUCGCUGCCUUCGCUGGCCUUGCCACGGCUCAGACCACGACCCAGAACGACUACCCUUACCAAAUCGACCCGCAAAGUGUCUCCUCAGCCAACAGACAAUAUUGGUGUGAUCAGAACGUGGCUCAAUGCCCACUCAUCUGCCUCCAGCAGCCCGGUGUUACAUCCUCGACUACCGAGGACAACGAAUGCGACCCUGACCAGCUGACCUACUCUUGCGUUUGCGACAACGGCGUUGCUCCCAACAUCACCCAAUACUCGCAGACCCUUCCCUUCUACAUCUGCCAGGAGUGGGGUAAUCAGUGUGUAACCAACUGCAACGGCGACAACACCUGUGCCAACAGCUGCCGCGCUGACCACCCCUGCGGUGCUCAGUCUCCCUUCCUGGGCAACUCGACCACUUCGAGCACCAUGUCGUCUACAUCUGCCCCCACCGGGUCUGCUGCUACAAACACCAUCCCUGUUACUGGUUUUGGAGGUGGCGGCGCCACCUCUACCGCUAGCGGCGGAUCGACCGGUGCUGCUGCUGCCACCUUCGUCCCUGGUGCAGCCACCAGCAUGGCUGUCCUCUUCGGCAGCGUAUUCCUUGGCUUCGCCGUCCUCCUCUAG